UGCCGGCUCACCCAACAUCUGACCCAACAUUCAUCUACACAAUGGCCAGUUCCAGCGAGACCCACGACACUACGACGCAAUUUUACAAAACUCCGGAUGGAGCAACCAUUGCUUAUCAUGUUCUUGGAGCCAAAAAUGUGGGAAUACCGUUGAUUCUUGUCAUGGGACUCACGGGGGUGAAGGAAGACUGGGCUCAUUUCGCUUACGAUCUGUCUCGUACCCGGCCAGUCUGUGUCUUGGACAACAGAGGCAUAGGGGAAUCCUCUCUGUCGCCACCGCUACCGCCAUUUCGAGACCCACCCCAACUCACGAUAACCCAAAUGGCUACAGAUGUUUUCUCAAUCCUUCUCCACUUGAAAUGGCACCGUUUCCAUCUAUUAGGAAUGUCAAUGGGGGGAAUGAUAGCUCAACAACUUGCCCUGCUUCUUCGAGGCCGCGACGAUUGCGAAUGCUUGAGUCUUGUUCUUCUUUGUACGACCCCAAAAGCUGCUUUGCGGGGAUUCUUAGCGCAGCUUCAUGCAAAGCUGUCGGAUAGUUUAGCCGUGAAUGUCGCCGCUACGGGUGGCGCAUCGAAGUCAAAUCUCACUGCUGAUGAAAAGUUGAAGUUGCAGAGGGCGAUGAUUGAGAGUAACUUCACUCCCGAUUGGUGUCGAGCUAAUAGUGCGUACGUGGAUACAUUGAUUCAAAACUCUGCAAAGUGGAAAAGACCUAUACGCAUUACAGUGCAACAGCUGGAAGCCCUAUCCACGUUUGAUGUGACAGAUCAACUUCACCUGGUGUCAACUCCUGCGCUCGUCGUACAUGGGCUUAAUGAUCAAUUGAUAAAUGCUCAAUUCGGUGCCAGCCUCACUGAACUGCUACCCAACUCACGACUCUUAACCUUACCGAAUGUUGGACACAUGAUGUAUCAUAUGGACGAUGGGCAAACCGCGACGGCCAUUGAAUCUUUCUUGCGAGAAGUAGAGGGAGGAGCACGAGCUCACCUAUAGGAUAAUUCCGCACUCAGAUCGUUGCUUACAGAGACAUAGACAACAUUUACAAAAUGGCACGAAAUGGUAUUCGCUAUAUUUACAGCUCCAGCGACCAGAAAC